AUGCUGGCGGGUUUUCUUCGAGCUUCCGCGGGUUGUCCGCAGCAAGCAAUUUCAACAUCCGUGCGAUGCAAUGCCUCAAUAUCACGCGUUUUCCACUCUCAAACGGUAAAAGCUGCCAUUGCUCAUCCAAUUACGGCCCAUGGCCCGCCUCCUAAAGCCCCUUCAGCCGCACCCGGGUUUGGCGAACAGCAAGCGGACGGAGCUGAGGGAACCGAGUCGCAGUCCCGGCUGGUCAAGCGACCUACGGUAUUGAAAAAGCGAUUUUGGAAGGAUGUUCAUGUCAAGCAGAAGCCUGAAGGAGAAUACCAAGUUCUACUAGAUAAACGACCGGUCCGAACCCCGGCGAAAACCGUUCUUUCUGUACCGACUACGAAGCCUCACCUUGCACAUGCCAUUGCUCUGGAGUGGGAUGUGAUGACAUCGGCGCAGCAGGCCUUGAAGAACCAUUUGAUUCCAUUAACUUCUCUCACCGCACGUGCAGCAGAUAUUGUACAGGAGGAUGCCGCAGGGGAGCAUACCACAAGAGAACAGAUUAUUAAAACCGCAAUGCGCUACCUAGAUACGGAUACGCUACUCUGCUGGGUACCGGAGAACGGCAAUGCGGCCGAGGAAAUCGAUGAAAAUGGACAGAAGCGCGAAACUCUCCGGGAGGCACAAAUGCGGGUUGCGCAGGAUGUCAUUGCAUUUUUGAGCACAAAGGUAUGGCCUGGAAUUGAAAUCCAGCCAGUUUUGGAUACAGAUAGCAUCUUCCCGGCAUCACAACCCCAGGCGACAAAGGAGAUCAUCCGGCAGUGGAUUGAGGGACUGGAAGCUCAUGAUCUGGCUGCAUUGGAAAGAGGCAUCCUUGCCUCCAAGAGUCUCCUGGUUGCGGUUAGGUUAAUUACUGAGUGGAGUGAAAACUUCCGCCAUGUACAACGGUCCGGGAAGAAGAAGUUCGGCAUCGAAGAGGCAGCCGAAGCAUCUAGCCUCGAGGUCAAGUGGCAGACUGAUAUGUGGGGCGAGGUGGAAGAUACUCAUGAUGUUGACAAGGAGGACUUGAAGCGACAACUUGGCAGCGUGAUUCUUUUGGUGAGUGGGGAGACAAAAUAA